GCGUGAUGUCAUUAUGUGACGUUUAGGUCAACUACUCUCCGGACUGUAUUUAAUAACAACUGCUGUUUGGAGUAGAUUAUCCCUGUCAAAUUAGAACGGGUUAACGUUGUAAUUUAACAGAUUUGCUGUCACUUGAUCUUGAAGUCCCUUUCAAAAAGUUACUCGUAAAUGUACUCUUAACUACUAGACGUCGCGAAGUAAACAGUGAUCUCGACAGUUGACUGCGCUAGCUGACUGCUAGCGCGAGCUUAAAUUAAAGACAGCCCGCGUGCGCGCUUUAUAAAGAACUCGAGACGAUCCGAACAACGGGGAAAAAACGAAGUAAACAUGGAGUUAGAGGACGGCGUCCUUUACCAGGAGGACCCGGGAACUUCGGCGAUGAUGUCCGAGCGGGUGUCCGGCUUGGCGAGUUCCAUCUACCGCGAGUUCGAGCGGAUGAUACUUAAAUACGACGAGAACGUGGUCAAGGAACUUAUGCCACUUGUAGUGGCGGUUCUGGAGAACUUGGACUCGGUGUUCGCGGAGAACCAGGAGCACGAGGUGGAAUUGGAGCUGCUGAAGGAGGACAACGAGCAGCUCAUCACGCAGUAUGAACGCGAGAAAGCGUUGAGGAAGAGCGCCGAAGAGAGAUAUAUUGAGUGUGAGGACUCUCAAGAGCAGGACAAGAAAGAUCUGCAGAACCGUGUGCUGCUUCUUGAGGCCCAGACCAGACAGAUGGAGCUUAAGACCAAGAACUAUGCAGACCAGAUUGGAAGAUUAGAAGAGCGUGAAGCUGAGCUGAAGAAAGAAUACAAUGCCCUCCACCAGAGACACACAGAGAUGAUCCACAGUUACAUGGAGCACUUGGAACGUACCAAAUACCAGCAGCUGACAGGAGAAACCACAGACGCAGGAACUCUGUGCAGAAUUAAGAAGGAGCGCCCUGUCUCUCUUGGGAUUUUUUCAUUGCCAGGAAGUGAUGCGAUGACCCCCAAUCUGCAUAGAGAAGCUGUGGAUACUCCAGAAAACGACACAUGGAGAUACAACAACCUCAGCCACCUGCGAUCCAACACCAGCCUCAAGGAUGAACUUUGUGAUGUUAAUAAGGGAGAGUCUAAAUCAGCCACGGCCAUGUCGGCAGCAACCUCAGAUGUUGCCAUGGCGUCAGUGGACCCUCCCCGGGCAGAAGAGGCAGAGGGCCUGAAUAGGAACCUGGAUUCCAGCGGUGCUAAGCCAGACAGCAGUAAGAACAUCCGAGUACAGGAUGCUUUGGCAGCUGAGACGCCAUCUUCAGAUCAAAGUGAGAAGGCAGAGAGGUCAGAGGUUCAGGUGAUCAUUGAUUCCACACCAGAACUAGACAUGGACCUGAGUGGAUGCAAAGGGUCCAGCACUCCCACGAAAGGGAUAGAGAACAUGGCCUUUAACCGUAACACUGACUCUCUGUUUGAGGAGCUCUCCUCCGCAGGAACUGAUCUCAUUGGGGAUGUAGAUGAAGGUGCUGAUCUGCUGGGUAUGGGUCGAGAAGUUGAACACCUGAUCCAGGAGAACACUCAGCUAUUGGAGACAAAGAACGCCCUGAAUAUAGUGAAGAAUGAUCUGAUAGCUCGUGUUGAUGAGCUGGUCUGUGAGAAAGAUGUCCUUCAGGGAGAGGUGGAGGUCCUAAAACAGGCCAAAAACAAGUUAGAAGAGAGGAACAAGGAGCUGGAGGAGGAAAUCAAAAGAGUCCGGGCAGAGAUGGAGGAGGCCAAUCAGAAGGCAAAGGAGGAAGAUGAUAGUGACGUGCCCACAGCCCAGCGGAAGCGCUUUACACGAGUGGAGAUGGCACGUGUCCUUAUGGAGAGGAACCAGUAUAAAGAGAGACUGAUGGAGCUGCAGGAGGCUGUCAGGUGGACGGAGAUGAUACGAGCUUCACGAGAGAAUCCAGCCUUGACUGAGAAGAAAAAGUCCAGUAUCUGGCAGUUUUUCAGCAGGCUCUUCAGUUCGUCCUCCAGCACGGCAGCAAAGAAACCAGAAGCACCUGUUAACUUGAAGUACAACGCCCCAACUUCGCAGGUCGUCCCUUCAGUGAAGAAGAGGAGCAGCACCCUCGCUCAGCUGCCUAGUGACAAAUCCAAAGCCUUUGACUUCCUCAAUGAGGAGGCCGAGGUAGAGAAUGUAGUGUCACGUCGAGAGCAGAAGAGAGCUCAGUACAGGCAAGUGAAGGCUCAUGUACAGAAAGAGGAUGGCAGGAUGCAGGCCUAUGGAUGGAGUUUACCUCCAAAAUUCAAGGUUGCCAAUGGUGGACAAGCAGAUGAUAAGGUUAAAAAUCUGCCAGUGCCUGUCUAUCUCCGACCUUUAGAUGAGAAAGAUGCUUCUAUGAAGCUGUGGUGCGCAGCAGGAGUGAAUCUGUCGGGUGGAAAGACACGUGAUGGGGGAUCCAUUGUGGGAGCGAGUGUAUUCUAUAAAGAUGUGUCUGGAGGAGAGCAUGGUCCCCUCAGCCCCAGGCAAAAAAUAGGCUCUCAAAGCAGUCUGGACAGACUGGAUCAAGAACUUAAGGAUCAGGAGAAGGAACUAAGGCACCAGGACGAACUUUCCAGCCUGGUGUGGAUCUGCACCACCACACACCCCACCACUAAAGUCAUGGUCAUUGACGCUAACCAGCCUGGAAACAUCCUUGAGAGCUUUUUCGUCUGCAACUCUCAUGUUCUUUGCAUCGCCAGCGUGCCCGGUGCGCGUGAGACAGAUUACCCUGCUGGAGAGGAGGUGGCUGCAGACAGUGGUGAAGGGGCUUCUAAAGUCAACAGUGCAGCUAACAGUAGCUCUACUGGCUCUGAUGGAUGUCUGGAGGGCAUUACUGUAGUGGGCUGCUCUACAGAAGGAUCUGUGGCUAUCCCUCAAACUGUCUGCACAAACUCCAUAGAACCCACAGACUCCGAUGAGGUUUUGGGGCAGUAUAGGAAGGAUGCAGUAACUGCAGCAGAAGAAGCUCUGGAGGCCACCGAGAGCAGCAGCAACACGCCUGCAGAUGAGAGCCAACCGGGAAUCUACACAGAACAUGUCUUCACUGACCCACUAGGGGUGCAGAACAGCAGAGACACACCACUCACCUACACACAGAGGGAGUGUGAUCUGGUGAAGGAUGGUGUGAGCCCAGUGCCUGAGGAGCAGGACCUAAUGAGAGAGGAGGCUAGCAAGAUGAGCAGCGUCCUGCCCACCAUGUGGUUGGGGGCCCAGAACGGCUGCGUGUACGUGCACUCUUCUGUGGCACAGUGGAGGAAGUGCCUUCACUCUAUCAAAUUAAAGGAUUCCAUCCUGGGGAUUGUUCAUGUAAAAGGACGUGUUCUGGUAGCUUUGGCAGAUGGCACACUUGCAAUCUUCCACAGAGGUGUUGAUGGCCAAUGGGAUUUGACCAACUACCACCUAUUAGAUCUGGGCCGACCACAUCACUCUAUCCGCUGUAUGACUGUAGUGCAUGACAAGGUCUGGUGUGGCUACAGGAACAAGAUCUUUGUGGUGCAGCCCAAAGCCAUGAAGAUAGAGAAGGCCUUUGAUGCCCACCCUCGUAAGGAGAGCCAGGUGAGACAGCUGGCAUGGGAUGGGGAUGGCAUCUGGGUGUCUAUCCGUCUGGACUCAACCCUCCGAUUGUUCCACGCACACACGUACCAGCAUCUGCAGGACGUAGACAUUGAGCCCUACGUCAGCAAGAUGCUGGGGACUGGUAAGCUGGGCUUCUCCUUCGUGAGGAUCACCGCCCUGAUGGUGUCAUGUAACCGCCUGUGGGUCGGAACAGGAAAUGGCGUCAUCAUCUCCAUCCCUCUAUCAGAGCCAUCCAAAGUUACAACAGGAAUGUCAAAUCGUCCAGGCAGUGCGAUCCGUGUCUACAGUGAUGAAAACAGUGAUAAAGUCACACCGGGUACCUUUGUGCCUUUUUGCUCCAUGGCACAUGCCCAGCUCUGUUUCCAUGGACACAGGGACGCAGUCAAGUUCUUCACUGCUGUCCCAGGUCAGGUGGUCCCGUCUUCAGGUUCAGGGGGUGAGGCUGGUUCUGACAAGUCUUCAGAGUCGACCACGCCAGAGCAGGUCAAGUCUGUCCUGGUCAUGAGUGGAGGGGAGGGUUACAUUGACUUCAGGAUGGGGGAUGAGGCAGGGGACACUGAAAAUUUGGCUGAGCCCACCCUGAAGCUACAGCCCUUCCUGGCCAAAGCUGAACGUAGUCACCUUAUCGUGUGGCAGGUCAUGCCCAAUGAGGAGUGACUUAUUUCACUUCAUUUCGGUCUUUGCAAUAUCCAAAAGAAGCUCACCCCACUUCAGACUGUUGACUUUAUAUUUUCAUGAUUUUUUCCUUGUGCUUUGGAACUUUUUCAUUCAGCUUUGCUUUAUUUAAGAUAUUUGAAGCAUUGGCUUAUAUUAUUUGUCAUACAGAUCACAGUUUCCAUUAGAAGUAUGUUUAGCUUAAAUUCUGUUUGUCUUUGCAUUAUGAAUGAAGGUAACAGAAGCUUUUUGCACAUCGUCUUUGGCAAUACAAACAGCUCUGACUAUUUUACCCUUCUUCCUUUAAACAAAUAGAGAAUCCACACAAACAGGAAGCUGUUGGAUUGGAAAUAAUAUUGGAUAUGGAUUUUCAGUACUUCCAUUCCUAUUCUAUUUUAUAGGAUGGCAGCAGAAGGUACAAUGCUUAACUCUGGCCACAGUGCACCAUGCAACUAUUUGUUUGUGGGGAAAGGAAGGAAAAUACAAGCAAGUGAAAGACAAUUUGCACAAAGUGCUUUUUCAAUCCUUGCAUCAGUCCCACUUAAGAUGUGUAGGGUUUCUAUAAAAUACUGUGAUGCAGUAUCCUCAGUGUGUGGACUUUAAUAUCAAUUUGAAUGUUUCAGUUACCAAAGGAUACAGAAAAAAAAAGAAUGUUUUGAUAACCCCGUUGAUGGACUUCCAACAAAAACUUAAAAUCAUAAUCAAAGGCAUUUUUACACUCCUUUGUUAUGCAGUUCUAUCUUGACCAUGUACCACUGUCAGAAACAUCACAUGUUCUUCACGUUCACUGACCUUUUUAACACUAGAACGGUUUUUCGAAGGAACGGUAUUCCUUUGACUUAGUGUGUAGAUAAACAUGCAGAGGCAAAAGCAUAUUUUUAUGACACUUUUGUACAUUUUGUCUUUUAGACUUUAAUCUCUAAUCACAGGCCUCCGUGCUCCACCAAUAGUCAGCCAGUGUGCUGAUGCUGCACCGCUGUUCUGCUUGCAGUAGAGGUGCAGUGCUUCGUUUGCAGUUGUUCCUCCUCUCCACGAGAGCAGAGAUGACUUCAUAUUGCAAAGUAGUCAUUGCAGUAUUUAUUUCUAUGAAUGAGCCUUUGCAGUUCAGAAUGUAACAUUGUACAUUUGAAUAUAAAUAUAUAAAAAAGCGUAUGUAUAUGAAAUGUAGAUGUCUUGGAUAUGAUUUCUUACAGCGAUUUUUAAUGUAAAUCACUUCUUUGAGGCUGAUUGAUGUGAGUGAAUCAGUCUAAAUAAUUUACUUCAGAAAUGUACCUUUUCGAAGCUAUGCACUAUUUUUAAAGGAGAGUGUGUGUUUAUGUGGUGUAGAUGAAUGUGUUUUGUACAGCAUUUUGUAGGUGGGUGCAAAGGGAAGAGUGCUCUGUCCCAUAAUGUUGUCAGAUUCCUAUGAUGCUUGUGUCCUUACAGUAUGUUUAUUAUUUCCCCUAAUCUAUCUUAGCCUUAUACUUUUAGAAGUCUAUUAAACUGACAGAUUUGGGGGGCAUUUAAUUUUUUUUUUUUACUAUUGUUGUUAAUGGAAUCAAUUACAUUAUGAUUUUAAGACAACAGUAAUUACAUUUUGAAUACAGUAGAUAGCAUCUGUCCCUGCAACAAUUUACAAAACAGUAAUAUUUGAACAUCUUCAAGUAAACCUUCAUAUCAUAUUGUUUGUUCAAAUACAUUUGACGUCCCACUAUACAGUUUUGGAGAGCCAAAAAUGCAUAAAUGUCAUUGCAUUUCAUUAAAAAAUAUCAAACCUAGUGGCAUUUAUUUUUAAAGAAAGAUAGCACAAGCACACUUUUUAAUCAAGACAUUUCACAUUUAAUGUGUGUUGAAAAUAUAGUAAUUAUAGAGUGUUGCUGGUUACUGAUCUGAUGCUGAUUACAAAUUUCAUGAUUUAAAUGUUAAACUAAUGUAAUAUCUUGGGCCAUCUAAUCUGAUUACUUUCGGUGAUGCAUUGGAUAUACAGCUCUGAAAAAAAAUAAUGUGACUACUGCAAAAUGAUCAGUUUCUCUGGAUUUACUAUUUAUAGGUGUGUGUUUGAGUAAAGUGAACAUUUUUGUUUUAUCCUAAGUACUGACAACAUUUCUCCCAAAUUCCAAAUAAAUAUAUUGUCAUUUAGAGCAUUUAUUUGCAGAAAAUGACAAUUGGUGAAUGUAACAAAAAAGUUGCAGUGUUUUCAGCUGAAGCACCCCCAGAUCAUCAUCGAUCCUCCACAAAAUUUCAAAGUGGGUGCGAGACACUGGCUUGAUGGCCUCUCCAGGUCUCCGUCUAAUCAUUAAAUGAGCAGGUGGAGGAUCGGUGAUGAUCUGGGGGUGCUUCAGCAAGGUUGGAAUCGGGCAGAUUCUUCUUUGUGAAGGACACAUGAAUCAAGCCAUGUACCGUACAAGCUUAUCCUGGACGAGAACUUGCUUCCUUCUGCUCUUGACAAUGUUCCCCAACACUGAGGAUUGUUUUUUCCAGCAGGACAAUGCUCCAUACCACACAGCCAGGUCAAUCAAGGUGUGGAUGUAGGAGCAUCAGAUCAAGACCUUGUCAUGGCCAGCCCAAUCUCCAGACAUGAAACCCAUUGAAAACCUCUGGAAUGUGAUCAAGAGGAAAAUAGAUGGCCACAAACCAUCAGUCAAAUCCAAGCUGCUUGAAUUUGCACCAGGAGUGGCAUUAAGUCACCCAACAGCAAUGUGAAAGACUGGCAGAGAGCAUGCCAAGACACAUGAAAGCUGUGAGAAUCAUUGUUAUUCCACAAAAUAUUGAUUUUUGAACUCUUCAAGUUAAAACUUUAGUAUUGUGUUGUUUAAAAAUGAAUAUUAUCUUGUUUUCUUUGCAUUACACUGCAUAUUUUUAUUUUGACCAGUUGUCAUUUUCUGCAAAUAAAUGCUUUAAAUUACAAUAUUUAUUUAUUUGGGAGAAAUGUUG